UGCACUCGAGACUGUCUCAAAAGAACGCGUUUUUCUCCACGUCUGUAAAGAAAAAGAAUUUCUUCACAAGCCGGACAUUUGGGUAGAACAUACUCGCAGGUUACCGGAAUUACAAACCCAUAAUUAUGAGUCUCAAGAAAGUUUUCUGCCUGCUUCUGUUCGUCGCAGGCGCAGCGGCAAUCGAGUGCCCCGCUGGCUACGAGGUCGUUGGGUCCAAGUGCAUCCACCGCCAUCCUGGUGGUAACCUCACGCACGACGACGCGGUGGCUUACUGCCACCAGAACUUCGGCAGGCUGCCCGUGCUGCACGACUGCGCUUCCUUCACUGAUGUUGCCACUUAUGUCGACGAUGGAUUCUCAGCGGACGCCAUCAACGGCUACUGGCUGGGCGCCACCAACUCGUCGGCUACCGGCGUCUGGCAGUGGAACGACGGCACCGCCGUGCAGAUGGGCGCUCCGUACUGGGCUUCGAACGCGCCAGCUGAUGGGAGGACACAGCCCGACAAUUAUGCAACUGGAACGGGUGAAGAUUGCGCAUUGAUUCAACCCGCUAGGGGCUGGCUAUUUAAUGAAGUAUCUUGCACACUUCCAGACCGGGAUAUUUACCCAGUGUGUUCAAGAUCUUCAACGGAUGGUUUGUGCGCCGUUCCAUACGACCUGGUGGGCACGCAGUGCGUUCACCUUCUGCCAACAAGUUACAACUUUACCGAUGCACGCACCGCGUGCGGGUCAACAGGAGGAGAUUUGAUAAUUCUAGAUGACUGCGAACAGNUGAGCAAUGAGCACUCUUCACUAG